GCUAGCAUUGGGAUGGCACCUUACGAGGUUUUGUAUGGCAGGAGAUGUAGGUCUCCAUUGUAUUGGGAUGAAGUAGGUGAAAGGAAACUUCUAGGGCCAGAGAUUAUUUAGCAGACCACCGAAAAGAUAGAUAUCAUUCGGGCUAGAAUGAAAGCAGCUCAAAGUCAACAGAAGAGCUAUGCAGAUAAACGCCGCCGUCAGUUAGAAUUUGCGAUGGGAGAUAAGGUUUUCUUGAGAAUUUCACCAAUGAAAGGAGUUAUGAGAUUCGGAAAGAAAGGUAAGUUGAGUCCUAGAUACAUUGGGCCGUUUGAGAUUCUUGAUCGGUUUGGACCGGUGGCGUACAGGGUGGCUCUACCACCGGCGUUCUCGGGAGUGCAUAAUGUGUUCCAUGUGUCCAUGUUGAGAAAGUAUAUCCAUGACCCCACUCACAUCAUAGAUCAUGAACCCUUGCAGAUUCAAGAGGACAUGACCUACACCGAGGAACCAUUGCGGAUUCUGGACAGGAAAGAGCAAGUGUUGCGGAAUCGAACUAUUUCUUUGGUUAAAGUAUUGUGGAAUAAUCAUGCUAUCAAUGAAGCAUCUUGGGAAUUCGAGGAAGAGAUGCGAGUAAAGUAUCCUCACUUGUUCGAAAUAAAUUAUUAUAGCUUGUAACGAAUUCCGAG